CAGGGCGAAAUUUAUGACGAACCGCUCGACAACUACCUGAAGAGCAGGGCGAUCGCGUGGGCGCAGAACGUCCGUCAAGAGCCGGCGUCCAAGUUUAAAUCGUCAGCUUCAAGUCUACGAUCAUCAAUCUCGCGUCCAUCAUCACUGAACCCAGGUCUACCCUCAUCCGCCUCAAGCCAGCCUUCAUCGCGUGCCCGGACAGAAAACGACACUCCGAACAACCGACGGCUCCUCAGCCAGGAGCUUGGAGAACUAGAAAUGAGUGUCACAACUCAAGAGAGCUCGGUCAUGCAGAAGAUGUUUAGCCCUUCUCUGUUCUCAUCUGCACCGAAAGCUCGCGUCGCAAAGCCUUCAUCUUCGGUUCGACCAUUAUCGCCUCUGCCCUCAUCAAAGACGAAACUGGCUGGAAAGCGGAAGCAGAUGCCACACGAGGCCCACGAUUCAGCAUCAGAAGACGAACGAUCGGCAAAGCGAAACCGCCGCGCCACCACAUUCUCUAGGGCCCAGGCGAACCAGCAAGCUCAACGUUUCACCUCUAAUGAACACUGGAAUAACAUCAAGGAUACGGACGAGGAAGAUGCUACGCUUACUCAGCGCCAUGAUGCGCAUAAGAGUCAAUUCGAAACUCAUACGGAGCAAAGGAGUAACAUAAAUGAAUCUGCAGAUGAUGCCCCAUUGAAGCGAGGACGGAAGACAAUGGCCACUGAUAGAUCGCGGGCUGGUCCCAAGGAACGAGGCAGAGAUUAUCUCGACAGAUCUCUGAAAGACAGACAUUCUGUCCCGGUAUCACCAGGGCCUAGCGAGGAACGGAUGGACGGAGUUCGUAAAAGUCGGCGCACAAAACAUCGGCCGCUCGAAUAUUGGAGGAAUGAAAGAACCAUUAUAGACCCUAGAGAGGAUUCUGGCCUGCACAACAACCGCAAACAAAAGCGGCAAAGACGUCACUUAUCUGCAGAGACGCAGCCAGCAUCAAUGCAAAAAAACUCGCGAGGGGCGACUUCAGACGAAGAGAGCAACUUAAGCGGAAGUACAAGGCCUUAUGAGCUGGAAAGCAAUGGAUUUAUCUGCGACGGUCCACAGCUUUGUGAAGCAGUUGACUUUGCCAAAGGCGGUGUCAUCAUGCGAAAACUUGCGGAACCAAAGGGAUAUGGCAAUUACCUAGAUGCGCCAGGUGGCGAGUAUCAAUACCAUCGAGGUCUGGAGGACCUCGACAUUUGUUCAGGGUUCAUUCGUAUCCCUGGUCUAGGUACUAAACCAAAUAAGAAUGCACUGAGGGCCUCUCUCACGUUCUAUGUUGUCAAGGGAUUAGUCCAGGCGACGAUUCACAGAAACAGCAUUAUCUUACCGGAGGGAUCGCGUUUCAUUGUCCCACGCGGAAACCAGUACAUGAUUAGAAACCUCUCCAGAAAGGAAUGUCUUUUGUUUUUUGCGCAAAGCACCGCUUCAGCCAAUAACCACUAAUCGGCUGCAUGUACUAUACACACCACCAACUUGUACCAUACACCACUGCUAUCCUCAAUGUCAACUUUAAUGCUCAAUAAAGACGUCUCAUUUCCACACCUU